AUGUCGCCGAAGAUGGUGGACGAGGCGGGCGAGAUUCUGCGGAUCCUCGGUCGCGACUGGCGGGAACUGGUCGCAGGCAGUGAAGGGUAUCUGACAGAUGAGAAAAGAGCGGGACUGCACCGACACAACAUCGUCUGGGGCGAGCAGGACUCGAUGGGCCACGUCAACAACGUCAUGUACGUACGGUUCGCGGAGAGCGCGCGGUGCAACUGGAUUCUCAACUACAGCCAGCACCUCGAUCCGACGCACCAGCGGCAGUGGAGAGAGCUGCUGACCUCUCGCGGCAUCGGGCUGAUCCUCAAGAGCAUCACCGUCGACUUCAAGUUCCCCAUGACCUGGCCCGACCGGAUCUCUGUCUACCACAAGCUUCGGUCACGGCCGGACGAAGCCACCGAGUCCCUCGUGCUGGACGUCCUGAUCAUUUCGGAGCUCCGUCAGCGGCCCGCCGCGCGGUGCCUGGAGGAGUCCGUCGUCUAUGACUAUAGAACCGCAAAGAAAAGCACUCUCGAGCCCUUCAUGCUGCACCAGCUGAGAAACACGUUCGACCUGCAAGAGGCUGCGAAGAAGGAGAGCCAUGCAAAGGUGCAGCACAUUGAACAACGGGUCCGCCAUCUUGAAACCCAGACUUGGGAUAGACCAGAUGCGAAGGAAGACUUUGGUAGUGCCCAAGUCCCAUAA